GUUUCAUUUCAGUCCUCCUUGGCUUCUCAAUCCUUGAGCCAGUCAACUCGCCUAGCCUCUCCAUGCGAUCCUCUUCAGCACUCUGCCUCGAGCCUUGACGCGCUUUGUCGCCGUCAGGCCUCAUCAUCUCGCGCAAACGCGAUGUCGAUCCCUCAGGUCCAGGUAGAUGAAAUCGAAGCACUUUCCUCCAUCCUCGCAGACGACUUUGUCCCAGGCCAACUGGUGAAAAAGUCAGCAUGGGCCGCUGGUCAGACCGCAACUCAACAGCCCUUCUUUGUGAUCACUCUGCGGCCUGACGAUGAUACAUUCAAGCAUCUCGACGUCUGGGUCAAGAUUGAGGUUAGACUUCCUAAGCGAUAUCCAGCAAUUGCAUUGAUCCUCACCUGCCCGACGACGGUGAAGGAGGCAACCAGCCACCAUGUCACAGAGGCACAUCUCGUCGCCCUUGAGAAAGCGCUGAGAGCCAAAGUCAGCGAGCUUGCAGCAACAGGAGAGGAGGCAAUGUGGGAAGUCUACUCGUGCGGAGCAGAGCUGUUAUCUCGCAACAAUGCAGUCCGCGAGCAGCAGCAGCAAGAGAAAAAGAAGCAGGAAAAGCAGAGGCAGUCGGACAUGGUGCUCAGUUUCGAAGAACAGAAGCGCCAGAGAGAUCAAGAGGGCGCAAAGGCAAAGGAGAAGGAGCUUCAUCUGCAGCAAGAGGCUGAGCGGAAGAGCACCGCCGAGAAGGCGUCGUCUCUCGCCAAGGCCAUGGAGGAAAGGGAGCAGGCCAUCAAGGCUGAGCGAGCGCGACGCAGAGUGGGUUUCCAAGACGAAGACCAGGUCGACAAGGAGAGCGUCCAAACUGCUCCGCGAUCGCCUGGCUUCCCCCGCUCAGACACCAUUCACCUAGCCACUCCCUUUGAAGCAGCCCUCAAGUCGCCGCCAGUACCAUCGCCCUCGAUGAUAUCCACUCGCACAAACCUCAACAUCUUGUCCUUCGACCCACCACUGCAGCUUGAUGGAGAUCAAGGCGUCGUCCGCCAUUUCGACAUCUCACCCGCCCUCGGCCCACUUCGAGGACUCGUCAGCAGCCAUCUCGCAAUCCCCGCCCAAAGCUCGGCGCUUCCUCGCCUCCUCUCUCAACUACGCAUCACCUCGCCGUAUUUCUCUACCUCGAGAGGGCGUAGAAAGCUUGCUGGGCUCGAGAGAGAACUGCAAGCGCUGUCGCAAGUCCGGCACUCGACCAUUCGCUCCCUCGAGGGAUUCCAACUAAGUCGCGUAGAGAAGCAUAUUGCUGAAGGGUCAAUUGCGGGCUUUACGUGGGACAAUGCAGAUGGGGAGUCCUUCUUGCUCUCUCUCGUCGAGGCUCCUUCACCGCCAGAUGCCCACGAGUCGAAGCUGCAAUCGCUGCUAGCCCUCCAGUCGUUGGCUACCUCGAAGAUGCUUCAGGUGGCUGCGGAUCUCCUCUCGGCAGUAUCGCAUUUGCAUUCGCGCGGCCUACUUCUCAAAGACCUGCCCCUUGAGCGAGUGUGCGUCCGCCCUCAGACAACGCUCAUCGACAGCGUCUGGAUGGGCAGCGUCUUAGAGCUCCACCGCGCCAACCCUCUGCAAGAACAGCAAGAAGUGCAAGAGCCUUGGAGCGAGGGGUGGGCAACGCCUGAACUCAAAUCUGAAGCGCGUCACACUCGGAAAGGGGACGCAUUUGCCGUCGGCCGUAUUCUCCUGCUUUGCCUCCUCGGGCCAAGCGCCGCCGACUUCAACGAUCCCUGGACGGCCCUCACAGCUAUCGAAAAGUCAUUCGACACCGAUGCCACUUUCAAUCUGCUGUCCAAGCUUCUCGAGCGAUCUCCAAAGAGACGCAUUCUUCCUGCCGAUGCCCUAGCUCACCUCGAGUCCACCGUAGACGAAAGGACACGUGCUGGAAAAGCAGGGCCGAUCCCAGACUCUCGUCUCGGAAUAGGAGCGCCUCCUGCCGCUUCCACUAAGAGCCCAGCGACUAUCAGGGAUACUUCACCUCCCGCUUCACGCCAAGCUUCGCAGCUCUCCAAGGCUUUCUUCUCCUCAGCUCAGCUACAGCAGCCGGCUGGUCCAUCACCAUCUCGCUUUUUGAGCGACUUUGUUCCGCUCUCUGUUCUGGGCAAAGGAGCAUUCGGCGUCGUCAGCAAGGUCAAGAAUCGCCUCGACGGCGGCGUCUACGCUGUCAAGAAGAUCCGUCUCGAUGGAGGAGAGGAGCAAGGCGAGGAGAAGACGCUCAGGGAGAUAGGUGCUCUUGCCCGAGUGAACCACCCUCACGUCACUCGCUACUACGCUGCGUGGAUCGAGGAGAUGCACACCGAAGAGGCGCAGGCAGAUGGCUUUUCAGACCUGGCGACGAGCGCGACGCCUACGACGUCGAACGAAGAGCGAACGGACGGCUCAACACCGACGCACAAAACUCAAGCUCACAGCUUCUCAUUGUCAUUUGGUCCUCCGAAAGAUUCGGACUUCGAUGAUGCAGCGCGGGCCGAAGAAGAAGACUUUCUCAGCCAUGUCGGCUUUGCAGCGGAUGAUGAGAGCGAGGCAGAAGAUGCAUCGACAUCAAGCAGCGAUGAAAUCGACAGUAAUGACGACGACCAGAGCGGUAGCGGCGAUGCCUUCAAUCAGAACGGCCUCGUCGCCACGCAACGAGCAAUGCGGUCAAGAGGCAGCGGCAAGAGCAAGAGUCACGCGGUGAGCCGAGCGGCAAGUCAAAGUUCGCAGCGACGCAGUAUGUCAAGACCUUCAGUUGCACCUCGCAAGCCACGAUGGCUGUACAUCCAGAUGGAACUCGUCGAUGAUCUGACGCUACGAGAGGUCAUCGAGAGAGGUCCAAUGAGCAUGGACGACUGCUGGCGCUUUCUCAGACAAAUCCUCAAUGCACUCGUCCACAUUCACAAUCUAGGCAUUGUUCACCGCGAUCUCAAGCCGUCAAAUAUUCUGAUGUCAGGCGCAGACAUCAAGAUUGGCGACUUCGGUCUCGCCACCACCCUCGAGACCGUGCCGACCGCUGCAGCUGGGGGCGAAGCCUCCCUGUCUAACUCUGGUUUCCUUCCUCCCCUACCGCAAGACUCGUCAGGCCGAGCUCUUAUUGACAGCGAGGACAUGACGGGCGAAGUAGGCACAGCCCUCUACGCUGCACCGGAGAUUGUCAAGCAACGCGGUGCUCGCUACGGGUACAAGGUCGACAUGUACUCCCUCGGCAUCAUCGUCUUCGAGAUGGUCGCGUCUGGGCGCAUCUACUCGACGGGCAUGGAGAGAGUGCUGAGACUGAGAGCUCUGCGUCAGCCUUCCGUCGAGUUCCCGCCUUCGUGGCCAACGACGCUCAGCAAGGAGCGCGACGUCGUCAAGUGGCUCUGCACACAUUCGCCGGAAGAGCGACCCAGUCCCUUGGGGCUGCUGCAGAGCGAGCUACUCCCGCCGAGGCUGGAGGACGAGUCAGUGCAGGAGACAUUGCGCCUCGUCACAGAUCCGUCAUCAGUGUAUCACCUUCAGCUACUUGACUCGCUCUUCGCCUCGAAACCGUCACGAGACGAGGAGAUUCGCGAUGCUACCUUCGACGCAGGCUCGCAGAGGGAGACGCUUGCGGAUCCGAGAGAAGCCGUCGUCAUGGACUGGCUGCGCACUGUAUUCGUCAGGCGGGGCGCUAUCGAGCUCACACCUCCGCUUUUGAUGCCAUCCAAGAGCGGCCUGUACUCGAGCAAGGACGGCGGCAAUCCGGUCUCGCUUCUCGACUCGACUGGUCAAGUCGUGCAUCUCCCACGCGACCACCUCGUCCCAUUUGCUCGUGCCGUCGCUCGAGCGCAGUACCCUCGACUCAAGCGCUACUGCAUCGGACCGGUGUACCGCGAGAGUCUGCUUGCCGGCGGUCAGCCCAUGGCUAUCAUGGCCGCCAAUCUGGACAUCGUCACGGGCGCCGACAUUCCUAUGCCUCCAGCAGCCGAGGGAGAGUGUCUUGCUUGUUUGGAGGAAGUCCUCAGCGAAGUGCCCGGCUUCAAAAAUGAUUGGGUCAUCCUGGUCAAUCAUGGGGUCAUCCUCGACUUGCUCCUCGAGCGAGUGCCGGUCAAUCAGCAAGCUUCCACGCUCGCAGCCCUCAUGACGCUCAGCUCAAGAGCAGGACCAGCAAGCAGCUCGCAUGCCGCUCGCACCAAGCUGACGCAGCAGCUCCAUCUUCCCAAGUCAAUCGUCGACGAGCUCGAGCUCUGCGCGUCAAUGUGCGAAGAUGUGGAGACGGUCCAUGCAAAGUUGGAUCGGGUGAUGCCAGUGGAUCAUCGUCCCACCCUGUCUCGAGCCGUUCAGGCCAUCAUUGAAGUGCGAGAAGCGGCGCGCAAGCUUGGCGUGCCCGCAGAGCGUCGCUUCCUCCUUUCGCCGAUGCUGAGCAACCACAGUCAGUACUUCAAGGGACAGGUCUUCUUUCAAGUCGCGCGGCCCACGGGGGGCAAGAAGAGACGUGGUCGAUGGGACGUCGUCGCAUCAGGAGGGCGCUACUCGAGCCUCAUCGCUCGAUUUGCAACGCCUCUGAGCGGCAACCCGCCGAAUGGCGUCGGCAUUCAGAUCGCCGUUUCGAAGCUCGUGCACGCCCUCGCAAAGGAUCAGGAGAUCAGCGAGCCUCGUCGUCCCCCUGACCUCUGGACGCCGCGACGAGCGGACGUCUACGUUCACUCUGCGCCAGGCAUGCUCGACACGCGCAUGGAGGUCACGCGCGAGCUUUGGGCGAAUGGCGUACGCGCAGACGUCAGUUACGAGGAUGACGCAGGGCAGGAGUCGAUGCUCAUGGUAGCUGCGCGAUGCAAGGAGGAAGGCUUCUCUUUCCUAGUCUACGCGGCAAGGUCGAUCAAGGUGCGAAGCUUGUGGACCAAGAUGGCCGACGUCGAGUUUCAAUCCACCCUAGACUUGAUGCCGUGGCUGCUGGAACAUCUUGCUAGGCUGCUGGGUGGUGGUGCGGGUGGCACAUACGAUGCGUUGGCUGCUGCUGAGCCGCAGUUGCAGAGUGGAGGCGUGGGUCAGGCAGGUGGCGUGGGCACGGGAGCCUCUGGGCAGGCAGGGAUGGGCGGCGCAGCUACCAGCGGAGUCAGCAAUGCUGCGCUUGCACUGGGAGGAGAGGGAGGAGGUAGCAGCGCCACAGGCACGAGUCUCAGCGCGAAUACAGGCUCACUUGCUGGCGGUAGCGCCAUGAUGGAGACCCAAGUCGUGCUGCCCGUCCACGCCUCAACGCGCCAAAAGGACAAGUCAGACCGCGGAGCGAACGCGGAUCGUCGCGUCAAGCUGUCCACGAAUCACCCUGUCAUCCACUCAGCAACUCGUGAAGCCCACCGCCUCGCGGGCGCGAUCUCUAGCGGUGAGAUUCCCGUCAUUGCGGUCGAUCUGCGCGGGGAUGCCUUUGAUGGCCUUUGCUCGGCGGCCAUGGCCAAGGAUACGGCGAGGCGGGAUGUGGCGUGGAGAGGGUUCUUUGAUACAUUGAGCAGUGGAGAGGAGAGGGAGUAUGCGAAGAACAUCAGGAGUCAUAUUGAACGGAGCACAAGCGGAGGAAGUGCCGGAGGGCAGGUCAUGCUCUUCUCCAUCAGAGAGAAGAGGAGCGCCAUCGUUGGGACGACGCCAGCCGGGAGGUGAGCGAGCGAGCGAGCGACCUCAGAUGGAUACCGGGACGUGUACGCAGAGCAUCACAUCCAAUCAGCAAUCAUUGCCCUCGUCGCGUCGACGGAGCAUAUCUGCAAAAUAGAGACCUAUGAUCAGGA